AUGACAGACGAUGAUAAAGCGCUUGUUAAAGUCUAUGAAGCCUUGGAUCGAUUCAAGGAGUACAUUAGGGACUGCCCUAAUCAUGGUUUCAAUGAGGGAAACCUAUGGAACAUCUUCUAUCGUGGCAUAGACCACAAGUACAAGCUUUCAUUGGAUACUGCAAGCAAUGGAAACUUCAUGACCAAGAUUGAUGAAGCUAAGGUUCUUAUUGAGAAUCUUGCAGCUAGUGAUUGUAACAACUGUCCUGAUUAUGACCGCUCAAGCCGCACCACUACUAGCUCCCCUGAUUCUUUUCAAAUGACUGAACUCAAGAACAUGAUGGCUCAAGUUCUUAAGGGACAGCUCAAGCAUAUCAAUGCAAUAGAAGGGAUGAGUGAUGCGAAUGAAGACCCAUCAAGAGAAUGCAUGGGAGAUUUCUCUAAUGAAGCCAAUGAAGAAGAUGUGAACUACAUUGGAAACUAUGGGAACAAGGGAUACAAUCCAAGCUAUCGCCCAAACCCCAACAUGUCUUAUAGAAACCCCAAUGUGGAGAAUCCUCAAGACCAAGUGUAUCCUCCAAGGUAUCCACAACAACAAAGACCUCCUUACCAAUCUCAAGGAAGUCAAUUUCAGCCAAGGCAAGGUAUAUAUCAUCAUAUCCGCCCAAGGAGCCAUAUGCUUCUUCACCAAAUCAAGCUCCUCCAAACCAACAAGGUGGGAGAUUUGAAGGAAUCCUCCAACAGAUCAUGGAUGGCCAGAAGAGAAUACAAAGAGAUGUAUGAGAAGAUGGACACUUUGUUCAGCAAUCUCAACACCAAGUAUGAUGCUGUUGCCACUCAUGUGAAGAAACUAGAGACUCAAGUCACCAAACUAUGGAAGCUGUUAAGAGACAGGAAGCUGAAUCCAAGAAGUCCUUUUGCAACUCAGCCGCCAUAG